AUGCAUCAUCUAUCGACAGCCCUCACGGCUGCCCUUGUCGUCGUUGCCAAUGCUGCGCCAGCCCUCCCGACUUUGGAUAGGAGGGACAACUCCGUCAAUGCUCUGGAUAGUUUGUCGGGGUACUUUAACCUCAUUGCAUCCAAGGUCGAGGCAUCCAAGCUUCUCUCGACGGCUCCCUUGUGUGACUUGUCGAAAGCCCGGAUGCCCGAUGGAAUCGAUGGGCUGCCUCCCCCCGACAAUGGCUUGACCGUACGCCACGUAGCAGUCGGACGUGGGACUCAAAACUACACUUGCGAUGCGAACAACGCACAUGCCUCCCCCAAGGCCGCCGGCGCCGUGGCCACCCUCUUCAAUGCCAGCUGUAUUGCGGCUCUGUACCCUGACCUCCUCUCGCGAAUCCCGCCCAUGGCCGUGCACUUCCAGCUUGACGAGGCCGAGAAGCUUGGUCCCACAGCCAUGGCCAAGUCUGGGGUGCACUACUUUGACGGUUCAACCCCAUUCUUCAACUUGGACACGCCGGCGCUGGCCAUUGGCCGGGUGCCCUGCGCGAAGAACAGCUCGGCCAAGGCCCCUUCCACCGCGGCCGUGGGCCAAAAGGGCGAGAAGGCAGUGACCUGGCUGCGGCUCACAGCCAUGGACGGCACCACGGGAGAUAUCAAGGACGUUUACCGUGUGGACACGGCUGGCGGUUCGCCACCUGCCACAUGCAAGGACAUGCCUGCGACAUUCGAGGUCCAGUAUUCAGCAGUGUGA